AUGUCGCAGUCAGCGACGUGCCAACUGAACGACGAAUCACUUCUGUGGGCCCAGGUGCCAUCCCUCGCGUUGUCGAUGAGGGCUGCAAAGACAUCGACUGCGUCAACGGCAUUACAGUCAACGGCAACGGCACCCUACGUUACCUACACGACCACCGCAAUUCAAGUGAACAACGUGGCGACAACGGACUGUUUCCACUCGCACCUCGUUGCCCUCCUCUCCAUCUGCGAAGUUUCUUUUUCCAGGGCUCAAAUCUCGCGAAUCCACUACACGACGUCGAGCUAUCCGCUUGCAUAUCAGUCACCCUUUCCAACACGUUUAGCUGGGUACCCUGUCAACGACAUCGAGCCAUACGCUUGCGUAUCACUCCCUUUUUCUGAAGCGUUUAGCUUGGGGCAUCGUGUCCACCCUAUGUCUCAUCUCAAAUUCGUCGCCAUUCGCUUGCUUAUCACUCCCUCUUUCCAACACGUUACUCCAUCAACGACGUCCUUCGUCGCCUGUCAACGAUGUCCAUACCCUGUGAACGAGUCCGUUCACCUAUCACUCUCCCUUUCCAACAACGACACUCCCCCUUUCCAAGAUCCACCAUCUCUUUACUUGAAAUCUGCUAUGGACUCUGACACUUCCAGUUUGGCUCACAUGCACUUCAUCAAUUCACUAAAUCGAUUUGAGCGCUUGCUCUUUGCCUUUGAUGAUAAACUUGCCGUCAAUUCUACCGAAUUAGCACCACUUCUAGGCUUAGAUGUCCUGAAAGCAUCCAAUGCGGUCACUCUACAUCCAACGGCAAUGACUGCAUCAUCAAAGGGGGAGUACAAAACCCUUGCUUCCAUUGUUUCUGCAUAUCGAAUGUUUGAGGUCUUGGCUCUUGACUGUGAAAUUGGUGGUUUGCAACCUCCCAUUCGCCUGCUUUCCCCCUUGUCUUUCAACAAGUCUGAGAAGGAUAGUGAAAAGAUUGUUGGGUUUGACAAACUAGAAAAUUGGCCCAAAGUUCUGCUUAAGUUCCGGAAACUUAUAGGUCAGUCAGGACUACCUCAAAUUCCUGACGACCUCCAAGCAGGAAGCAAACACCUUGCACUGCUAUGGAUGGCAAGCAAGAACAAAGAAAAAGUAGGCUACAUUAAUGUGGUCGACAACUUUCUUCAAGCCGCUCUGCAUCUUUACUACCUCAAGAUGACCCAAUUCCCAGAUGGGUCUCUGCCUGACUAUCCUGAUAUUUUAAAUGACUGUCUCCACAUCUUCAAAGACGAGACCUCUACAGAUGAAUUCAUCAAUGAUCAAGAGGAGGGGACUUACUACUUGGAACAUCUACGUGAUGGAGAGACAGCUUCACACACGCUCCACCAACUUGGGACACCUCUGCAAUUAGCACUGCUCCUGACUCCUUUCUAUUUGCUCUUUCCAUUCCAGAUAAUUACCAGGUCUUACAAUCGUCGACUCGUUCUUGAAGCCUUUGCAGAGUUAACCCCUCGGAAGACACCCCUCGUGCUUAAAAUUGAGAGAUCCAUCUGGUGUUCUCUUAUAGCGCUUGCUGAUGUGACCAUCACGCCUCAUGAAGCUUUAACACAACUGGUGUCAAGAUUGCCAUGGGCCGAGAUAGAGGCAGCAUCCAACAACCCCCGUGAUUGUCAGAUGUUUUGCACCCCUUUAGCCCAGCCCUCUUCUUCUUCAACUUGUCAUGCUAUCACAUUCUAUGAUUCCGAGCAUGCAACUAAGCUGUUUAGACCAACUUGUAAUAUGUAG